UCAGACAGACAAGUUUUGUUUCUGUUAUGUACGGGGUGCUGUCAGGACUCAUCAACUCAACUACUCAAUGACCAACCCAUCAAGGAUGUGUAUGUGGAGGUGGGUUCCGAAGUGAAAGUGCUGUGUGAAGGUGUUGCAGGUGGAGAGCCAGUGGAGUGGACACUAAAUGGGUCGCAGGUCGUGUCCAGCACUCUGUUGCAUCUCAACAGCACCCGGCUGGAAGACCGUGGCAUCUACACGUGCCACAGUCUCAGCAGAGGAGCUGUCAUCCAGCAGGUCCACCUGAAGCCUGGCUAUCCUCCAUCUCCACCAGACAUCAGAUGCUGGGCUCCCAGUUAUCCUUUGAAGGCCUUGUGCACAUGGUCACAGAUGACAGAAACCUAUUUACCAACACAGCAUAUCAUCACCUACAGAGAUAGGGACUAUGGUGUGACCUACCCCUGCCAUAUUAUCCCUAAGUCUCCUGACAUUCUCUGUGAAAUGAAGAACCUUCAGAUCCUCGCCAACAGACCCUACAUUGUUUAUAUCACAGCCAUCAAUGCUCUUGGCAAUGCCACAAAACCAAUGGAAUUUGACCUGGAGGAAAAUGUGAAGCCAGAUCCUCCAGUGAAUGUGAGGGUGGUGGUGAAGCAAGGGAGGCAGGUGUUGGAGUGGAAUCAUCCCCCAUCCUGGCCAGAGCCCCAGCAUUUCCCUCUCAUGUACAUAGUCAGGUACUACUGGGGUAACAAUCAAGGACAAGGACACACUAAGGUACCGGUACAUGGCGCUGAAUCGCUCCCGAUCAAUCUGGACAGGUUUACAAAGGGGCGCACCUACCACUUUCAGGUGUCUGCCCAUGAGGGCCUGGGCUCUGGAAAAGGAAGUGAAUGGAGUCAGCCAGUGAGUGUUAUUGUGCACUAGCACUAGCCAGCUAGCCCAGGAGCAGUGCUGCACAUGCAGAAUUCAGUGUUUUAUAAAGGAGGGCACUGUUGGAAUCUUGCUAAUCACAUAAUACCACUACAAAUAAUGCUGCUACUACUAAUUAUAACAAUAAUAAAAUGAUGAGGAAGAAGGUGAUGAUGAUGACCCAUAAUAAUUAUUAUAUUUACAUUAAAUAAACCCACAAUAUAAA